AAUGCAGAUCACUGCUGCACUGAAUCUAUUUUUACAAUGCUUCAUUUCAUGAUGUGAAUAUACAGUUUAUUAUUAGAUUUCUUACACGUGUUUCUUCUUUCUAGUAAUUCGUAAUAUUAUUAAUUCAAAUUCAAUAUUAUUAAACCGACGAUAGUAAAAUAUAUUAAUUUAAAAAAAGCUAGUUCCUUGACGUGACGAAGUCUAAAAUACUUACCUGGAUAUUUGAAUAUCUAAAGAAAGAAAAAGAAUCUAUUAUUAAUUAUUAAUCAUGGUUUUAUUAUUACGAAAUUGGAUUUUAAGCCAAAAGAAAUUGUUUAUGCAAGAAGUUGUAUUAUUCAGAAUUUCUAUGUAUUAUAAAUGUAGUAAUAUCAAGAACAUAACAAGAGAAUAUAAUAGAUGUAUUCAAAAAUAUACACCAUUUUUGCAAAAUAUAACAAGGGAAUAUAAUAGAUGUAUUCAAAAAAAUACACCAUUUUUGCAAGUAAGACAUUUUUCUGAUGAAAACAAUAAAAAAGAUAAAGAAUUAAUAUAUAUAGGAACUAUGAAAAAUAAAGUCAUUAGUCUUAAAGUAUUGUCUUUACUGUCGACAACAUUAUCAAUAAUUUUUCAACCGUAUAUGUUUAUGAAACUCAUGGAAGAAGAUAGUCUAACAACUAUGAUAGCAAUUUUGACAUUGUUCAAUUUAAUUACUAUAGGAAAUCCUAUUUUCAUACAUUAUGUAACAAAAAGAUAUGCAAUUGAAAUGCAUUAUUAUCCUAAAGAAGACAAAUAUAGUGCUACAGUAUAUACAUUAUUUCUUAGGCGUAAAACGAUAAAAUUUACUCCAAAUGAUGUAACUGAAGGUAAAUAUCAUUUUGCAUUACCAAUAUCAACUUGCUAUGUAAAAAAUAAACCCUUAUUUUUUUUGGAAGACAAUUUUUUAGAUCAUAAACACUAUCUUAAUAUAAUGAAUUAUAAUAAACCCAUAGAUUUUCAAAUGGAAUCAUUAAAUGUAAAUGCAAUCAAUCAAUCUCCAAUUGUUAAUUCAAGCCCUCAAAUAGAAAACAAAAAUGAAAAUUUGAGAGAAAAAAAAUAAUUUAACUUGUAUAGUUUUGUGUAUAGUUUUAUUUAUUACAUGGCAUUUUAGUCUAUAGUUUUUAUACAUUAUUUAAAAGCAAUAUAUAAGUUGCUAGGUACAAAAUAUAUACAUCAUUACAAAGAGACUGUAUACUGAAAAAUAUAAUAUCAAAAUAUUAACACAUAAGAUUUUUUAAGUGUUGAAUUUGCAGAAUAUUACAAAUCCCUAGUCAAUAUUUAUAAUUUUCAUUUGUUCAUUCCUUUAAUGACAUAAUUUACGAAUAAAACAUGUUAAAUAAUAAACAUGAAAAAAAUAAUAUAUAUAAUCCUAAUGUAUGUAAAUUUAGAGAAAUACAUUAAAAAUAAUAUAAUAUUGCAAUUUAA